CAGUAUAUGCAAAUAAAGAGAGCGAGCCCACAGGCUGUAGGGAAUAGCCAGCGAACCAGCUGAACUCUGUGACAGUGAGCCUUUCAUGACCCACAGCGGGUAAAUGUCAGUGGAAAGCAUCCCAGCAACUCCACCGCGUGUCGGGGUCUGAUGCAAUCUGAGAAGUGUCGACUCAGCAGCGCGGUGAGUGAAAUUUGGCUGAGCUUCCGGUGCCGCCCAGCUCCCGCCGUUAACCGCCACCGUCAGGGAUUCAGAACCCUUACGACUGUCAACAUGUCGAAAGUGAACAGGGGUUCCCAUGGAUGCCGGGCCAUGGAAAUAGCAAGAAAGUACCUGUCGGCUCCGUCCACGCCGCUGCUGACGCGGAGCUCCGGCCAGCGUCAGCGGAAAAUGCUGAGCCAGCAGCACCGCAUGGCGAGCUGCAACGCGGCCGGUACCGAAGGAAACCCCGCGGCGCUGGCCCAACAGGAGCACCUGGGGUAUUUCUCCACCGGUGGACGACACGCAAAGACCAACCGGAAUCUGAUUUACCGGGACGUGAAAGCUUUCCUCAGUGAAGUUGGUGGAGAUCCCCGGGAGGCUCGGUACUGGUUGACCCAGUUCCAGAAAGCGACUUCGGCUCAUUCUCCCGCCUUUGCUGUUCUGGAGGUGGACAGCUCAGCGUUUGACAGCAGGGAAAUGGUUCAGAGCCUGGCCUUUGGCCUGUCCUUCCUGCAGCGGAUGGAUAUGAAGCCUGUGGUGGUUAUGGGCUGGUCAGAUCACCUGGAGACAGGGCUCGCCAAAGCAGUGUUUGGGUCUGAGUGCAUGAAAGGACUAGUGAAUCGGUGCCAGCAGCUGACUGAGGCGCUGCAGCAGCACACGGCCAGCGUCCUGCCAUUCUUCUCCGCAGAAUCACUCCUACUUCUGCAUGAAGCACCGCAGGGAAGCAGUGCGCCUCCAUCCAUUGCUAUGGAUACCAACCUCCUCCAGUGGAGUCUGGACUGUGGGGCAAUCCCAUUGGUUUGUCCAGUAGGCAGGGAUGCGCAAGGUUGCUCGGUAAUGUUGGAUCCAACAGAGGUGACGGCGGCAAUAUCCCGAACCCUGCAUCCACACAAAGUCAUGUUCCUGAACAACUUUGGGGGCCUGCGGAGCCAAGAACAAAAGGUGCUAGGUACAGUGUCGCUGCCUGCUGACCUACCUGGCCUGUCCACUGCGACAUGGUUAAGCGCAGCAGAACGCCAGAGAGUGACCGCCAUAGCCCGACUUCUCAAUCAGUUGCCAGCUGAGUCCUCUGCUGUGAUCACAUCUGCAGACACGCUGCUGACCGAACUGUUCAGCCACAGAGGGUCUGGAACGCUUUUUAAAAAUGGAGACCCCAUACACCGGUAUAACUCUCUAGAUGGAAUUGAUGUGGAUCGUUUGCUGGCGCUCAUCAACAAGUCGUUUGAGAAAACUCUGAAGAAACACUACAUUGACUCUCUGAAAGGACGACUCCACUCCAUCUACCUUUCUGAAGGGUACAGCGCAGCAGCUAUCAUCACCAUGGAGCCGGUGAACAGCGGCACUCCCUACCUCGACAAGUUUGUGGUGAGCAGCAGUAAGCAGGGCCAGGGCACCAGCCACAUCCUGUGGGAGUGUAUCAGGCAGGACCUGGGCAAACUCUUCUGGAGGUCUAGAGCCACCAACAAAAUCAACCCCUGGUAUUUUAAGCAUUGUGAUGGUAGCUUUGUUAAUGGUAUGUGGACUGUGUUCUGGUUUGGCCUGACGGACAUCAGAGAUUCGUACGAGCUGGUGGAGUACGCCAAGAGCCUUCCUGAUUCAUUCCACAGUGCUCCCACCUCCUCCCAGCAGCCUCCUCCACCUGCUGCAGGAUCCUGACUCACCUGCUUCCCAGCAGCUCACUAUGUAGCUGUCCAACCUUGAAAAACUGUGAACAUUAAAAUUUCUAAGGGCCUGGAAUUUCAUUUUGUUCAACUCUGCACCAUCAAAUACAGUGUUCUCAGUUUUUCUACACCUUAAAACCAGAACCUAAAGUUAUGUGAAGAGUUUAUUAGUACAGCUUUGCUCACUUACAGGGAAAUGUGUAUGUAUGUGUAUCCAUUCAAAGCUGGGUCCACGCCACACAUGGAGCAGCUCAUUGUUUCUCUUUCUCAUUUUGUGCUGCUCAUUGUAGUCCCCGUCCAGUUCUGCAGUCACUGUCAGCUUGACCAUGUGAUGAUGAACUGGAUGAACCAGUUCUCCAUCUGCUGUAGGUACUGAUCCAGUUCACACCAGAACUGUGGAGUAGAAGAAGGACUACCCUCACCAGUUACACUGCAAGAUGAACUCUCUGAAGAGGCAGCAAAUUGUCCUGCUGACAUGGAAAACAUGAGACAGGAACAGCUGCAGCUCUUCCAAAAACAAGAGUGAAGAGAAUCAUCCACUAUUAAAAUAAUCAUCAUUUGUCUUGGACACAUAAAUAAAUACAUUAAUUAAAA